AUGUCGCUGAAUAAGCGCGCAGAUCAAUUACUCAGCGAGAUUGACAAGAUUUAUAAGCAAACAAAAGUUAAUGGACGUAAACAAAAUAAGAAAUUACAAGAAGUUAGGAAAGAACAUCCAGAAAAACUUGAUCCAAACGUUAAAAUUACAAGAGGUUGCUUGCACUCAGGCACUGCCUUCAAAGUUCCGGUUCAAAACUGGAAGAAGGAUACCAUAUUCGAUAAUCACAAUAAAGUUGUUCAAAAUAUUGGUCAACAACAUAAUAAGCAUUCAGCAGCUAUUUAUAGAAAUAUCCCAGCAAAUCUUUCGAAGGAUGAAGUUGAUUUCAUCAUGGAAUACAGAUUUAAGCUUGCUCAAAACAUGAUUCCAAUCCAUCAUCCUAAUUACGAAUUAAAGCCGACUAUGAUUGAACAUCAGAAUCUUAGUCAUAAGCCAAUCUGGCAAGAGUACUGGUAA